AUGAGCAACCAUGAUCUAGAGUCUGGCCAAUAUGCCAAUGGCCUGCACAAGGUCGACAGUGAGGCCAGAAACAACUCGCUCACACAGACUGUAACAUUGUCGCCGGAGCAGUUUGAGCGCAUCUAUCUCGGCCCGAAAGGCGAGACGGCUGGCGACUUGCGCAAGCGUUUCGCUAACCCGACGCCAAUUGCCAUCUGUGGCUUUGCUGUUGGCCUGCUUCCAUUAUCUGUUGAGUUCAUGGGCUGGAGAGCCUCAGGUGGCACAUUUGGCACCGCGACGACAACCUGCAGUAUCUGGUUUGGCGGGCUUCUUCUCAUUAUCGGCGGCAUUGGCGAAUUCCUCUUGGGCAACUCGUUCCCGUGUCUCGUCUUCUUUGGCUACGCUGCCCACUUUCUGACCUUUGCUACGACCUUUAUGCCGUUUUACGGCGCUGUUGCGUGGAACGCAGUGGAACCUGGCAAUGCGUUUGAGCCUGGUCCCAAGUUCAGUGCUGGAUUCGGCUUCUAUCCAUUGGCACUCGGAAUGCUGUCGCUCGUCUUCCUGCUCGGUUCGCUACGCACCAACCUUGUCUUUGUCAUGAUCUUUGUCUGCGCCAUCCUUGGCUUCUCUUUUGCUAGUGCUGGUCUCUUCUAUGGUGCGGCAGGAAACAUGGCGUCGAGCGAGAUGUUUGUCAAGGCGACCGGUGGUGCCUUUUUUGCAGCCGACAUGCUGGGCUGGUACUUGCUCUUCGCCAUUGUCAUCGCCAUCAUGGAGCUGCCUGUUCCCGACCUCCCCGUGUUCGACCUAUCGAAUGUGAUCAAGGCCAGAUCCCGAGCCAAGCAAGAGUAG